AUGGCCAACAUGCUCUCGAGACCAGUUUUCGCGGUAUCCCUGAUACUCCUCUCGAUCGUCAGCCUCGUCUCCGCACAUACGGUCAUCACAUAUCCCGGCUGGAGAGGAGACAAUCUUCACUCCAAUGGCACGGUGGAACAAACCAAUGGUCUGAGCCCGGCCUUGGAGGGGGAUCAAUAUGUCUUCCCAUAUGGGAUGCAAUGGACCUAUCCUUGCGGAGGCAUGCCCACGUCAGAAAAUCGCACCAAGUGGCCGGUGAAAGGUGGUGCCGUCGCGUUCCAACCGGGCUGGUUCCAAGGCCACGGAACCGCCUUUAUCUACAUCAACCUUGGCCUGGGGACGGUUCCCCCCAAUAUGUCGAAUGUCAUGGUCAAUGGAAUCCAAAUCAUCGGCCCGACCAAAGAUCCUUACCCCGGCUCGUUCUGCCUGCCCCAAGUUCCCCUUCCGGCCAACGUCACCGUCAAUGUAGGCGACAAUGCGACGAUCCAAGUGAUUGAGACAGCCGUCCAUGGCGCGGCGCUGUACAACUGCGUCGACAUCACCUUUGCCGAACCCGAAGAUGUCCCCGAAGUCAAUGCCAGCAACUGCUUCAAUUCGUCGCAGAUCACGAGCGACCUGAUCUUCACCACGUCUUCGCUGACCGAAGAGUCCCGCGCCCCCGAGAUAUCGACAAAUCGAUACGGCUAUGCGUGUACAGCCCUCCUCGUGGCUGUGGGCUUGAUGUUGCUCUGA